GACAGCUCAAUAAUGCAAGGGAGAGGUGCGUCUAUCAUCUGUCUCUCCUGACUCGCGACGUGCAGUGAGAAGUCUAUUUUUGUGACAAAUAGCCGUUCCCUUGGGAUUGCUGCAGGAAUAUCGCUUUAUUCUUUGUUAACGAGAGACCCCGCUUGUCCGAGCUGGACAUGGUGUAUACGAAGCUAUGAUAAUCGAUCAGGAUCCACCCCCCUGCCGAUUUAGUCUGGUUUGAUCUAAAGUUGACCAGGGAAUUUCUUCACGAAUCCCUAGACUUGUUGAAUUACGGAGUCCAAUGCAUAAUGGACUACGGGGUACUCCUCCGUACCGUAGACGCAUCAUGCAGACCAGAUCACAGAGCGUUCGGACGUGCGGGGCGAAAUGUCAGAAACGCAUAGAGUUCAACAGACUUCUGCCUGUGGGUAGUGGGCCAAUUAUUGAAAUCUACAGGGGGAACCAUCCGAUCGGGGUCACUGGCCAAGACGGUGGGUCAUCGUAUCGAGAGUCCAAGGCGCUCAGUGGACAAUCCCAUUGUCACAUUAUGCGCACAAGCCACAUCCUGAACGAGCCAACAGCAUUCGUCGGGGAAGCUUUGUGGACUAACCCGGCGUUGUUCGUCGCCAACCCAAAUGAGGAAAAGGAUUCACGGUGUCCUUGCGCGUCCAAUCUCACUAUCGAUGCAAUCGAUGACUUAGCCGGGGUGCAGUGGGCCUUGGUUGACGUUGACGAGCCCAUCAGAAACGGCACACCCGUCGGAAAUGUGUUUGAACCGCGAGCGCACAGACAGGAGACGGAUGGACCACUUGGUCGUCAUUUGCCUCCGUUGCGGUAUGAUCAUCCUUCGAGGAGUUUUGGGAUAAUCUGAGAGGAACUGCGCCCCUGCCCCCUCUUUUAGGCACUUCGACUGGCUCCGAGCUUGAUCUAGGUAUAAAUUAUCGGACCAGUUGACAUCCUC